ACCGUGCAAAGCAAGGCUGAGUGAAGGUGGAACAAGUCUUUUUUGGUCAUUGUCGCUGCUCGUAACCUCCCGUUCUUUCUUCUCUGUACGCAUAUCCCCUCGACCCUGAAUUGAUCAGAUUUCCCCGCAUAGUCGCGACUUAUCCAAGAAUAUUCCGCCCUGAGGACUCGAAACCCGGUGCCAACAUGGCCGACGCAGAGCAGUUGAACUCGGAGGCGAACGAGAGGAACAUAGUGAAGGCCUGGCGCGCAUGGAGAACCGCCCACGAAAUGGUGCAAGACCGAGGCUACGAACUAGCGGAAGAAGAGGUUAAGAUUUCUCUCGAUGCAUUCAGAACACAAUACACUAGCGUAGAUGGCACCGUCGCGCGCGAGAGAAUGAAGUUUUCUGCCCGGCCAAGCCCCGAGAUGCUUAAGAAGUUCACUCCUCCAGCGACGCCCAAUAACCCCGAACCGCAACCAGAUGUAGGCACUAUCUGGGUGGAAUUCAACGACGACACCAGUGUUGGCGCUGAAGCCAUGCGCAAAUUCGCCAAGUUCUGCUCGCACGAGCACUACAGGACUGGCAUGAUGAUUCUGAGUGGUAACGUCUCGUCUGCCGCCAAGAAGGAGAUCCCCAAAUUCGCCCAGUGGACUAGCAUCGAGUGGUUCCUUGAGGAAGACCUGCUCAUCAACAUUACCCACCACGAGCUUGUGCCCCGUCACGUCAUUCUAAGCCGAGAAGAGAAGACAGCGUUGCUCAAGCGAUACCGCCUAAAGGAGACUCAGCUGCCCCGUAUCCUCCAGCGUGAUCCAGUUGCCAAAUACUUUGGUAUGAGACGCGGUCAAGUCGUCAAGAUUAUCCGCGACAGUGAAACGGCCGGACGUUACGCUAGUUACCGAUUAUGUGUAUAAGAGAGAGCGGGAAAUACCCUAGAGCUGAAGGAACGAUGGUGGAAGUGAAAAGCAUUUGCAGAGUACGGCGUCUUACGCGGAUGACUAUGGAUAUUUCGACGGUACGGUGGCGUUUAUUUGGCAUGUUAAGCUCGGAACGGCUUCUUUGCUGGCUUUUAACCCUGAUGAAGCCUUCUCGAUAUAACUUUGUGUGUUUAAUUCCAAUAAUCAUGUACUUGGGACUUCCUGCUCAAAUAUCCGCUUGGCCAUUAUUGUUUGUGCAGCCAAAGUUGUGAAACAUUUGAAGCGGCCGGCAACACUUUCUAUCGCGUUGGAACUGAUCACAGCGAAAAGUAGCCAGGAGAUCGUUCAUUCCACUACCUUAACUCGCGUGCAUAAGUGGUACUAUGAUAAACCAUAGUUGUGAAUAUGUAGACGGUCCCGUAAACGGUCGCUCUACAGUUCUAACUACGGGGAGCCUGCAGCGUGUCCACUCUUGCAAGACAUAAUUUGGUCGCCUCCGUGAAGAAAACCGUAGUAUAUGACAGGCGAGACAGGUAAACUCAGCAAAGUGUUGAAAUCAAGAUUCCGAUUCAGAGCUGGCUAUCUGAUACUCAUGUAGUGCCUGGGAUAUACUCGGGCCUUAUAGUAUUACAUAUACC